AACGGCGUUGGCAUAGAAGCUUCCUACUUUGGUGGCGCCAAGCACCAAGCAGUCCCGCCUUCCGGCAUGCCCGGCGGCACCCCCGUCCCAUGGACAAUGCAAAGUACCAACCAACCUCCAUUGACUUCCAUCUCGUACGUAGCUAGACUCCGGCCUCGUGCAGCUGCUGAAUUUAACCAAACUCGAUUAGUUUAAUCUGAGACAUGACAAGCGCAAGAGCACACGGCAGAGGUCUCUCGGGACCCGGGAGCACAAUAAUCCAAACCAAACCAAACUAAACCUACACCAUUAGCUUCCAAAUCGACCAGCCAACCCCUUCCCCCUGCCUGGAUUAAGCUCAGCCGCCCCCCACCCACCGCUUUUCCAUCACCAUUUUCAAAUCCUCCACCUCCCAAACCAUUGGCGCCUCCUCUGCACUGCUGGUCGCCACGGCGCCUCGCUCUUCAAAACCAAACACCACCCGCCGUGCUUGCCUGCUUCUCUCCUUUCCGCCGCUUCUUGCACACAUUGAGCUGCGCUAGCUGCACGAUGCCACCGCUCGACGUCGGCUCCCUCGUCUUGUGCGACAGUGGCGCGGAGUCGGAGGCGUCGUCGUCGUGCGGCUGCGACGAAACCGCGCUGCCGUCGUCAACAGAUGGCUACGACCCGUACGACGACGCCCCCGCGGAGUCUCUCCGGCUGCGGAUCGGCGAGGACAUCGACUGGAGCGACGUCGUCGUCGGCGCCGUGGCGGCGGCGGCGGUGCUGGAGCGGGACGACUCCACCAAGGGCGCCGCCGCCAACCCCAAGUCGUGCGCCGCGCGCAGGAGCGCCGCGACGGCCGCGAGGAGCUCGCUGUCCACUACCCCGGCACCGCCGGCGCCGAGGACGGCGGUGGCAGUGGUCAUCGGCGGCCUGCCGACCGCCACGCGCGACCACGGCGGCAGGCGCCGCUCCCCGUGCAGGCCUCAGCUUCAGCUUGGCGGACGCGCGGCGAGGGUGUUCGCGUCGUCUGGGGAGGCCGCGGGCGGCCAUCAUCAGUCGGAGCCUGGGUCCCCCAAGGUGUCCUGCCUCGGAGGCGUCCGGUCGCAGCCGAGGACCGCGGCUGAGGGUGAAAGGAUCACUAGUGGUGGGCGCCGGUGGUGGGCGUGGCUGGUGGCCGACGUCAUGUUCUGCUGCUGCUGGAACGGUCGCCGCCACAGGAGGCCGACGGCGAGCCAAGCCGAGUAGAGUAGCCAUGGCGCCACGGGGGAUCCCAACAUCAGAUCGGUCGAUCGAUCGUGUAGUGCAGGUGUGCCUGGCCACGUACUGUGAUACUGUCGGCCACAUGGAUCUUUUGUGUGUGUGUGUGUAUGUGUGUGUGUGUGUGUGGCUAGAUUUGGGUUUUUGUCAGUUGACAGCCGGUCGGAUCGGAGUAGCUCGUGCCUUUCCUGUACAUGCAUCUUCGCUAGGAGUUUAAUUUGAAUUCGAAUUUUGUCAUGGCCC